UUCGGAGAUCCGAGGUUAUGUUUUUUAUUUGAAAACAUUAUAAAUACUUCUAUGUUUGAAAAUUGUCAAAAAACGGCUUUAUUUGUGUACCAAGAAUCAUGGACAGGAGAAAAGAUAGAGAAAGAAUUGGAUUAGUGGGCGUCGAAAGAGUUUGGGGAAGGUCUCCUACCAGAAUCGAGGAUACUGAUGAAGAGGAGGAGAAAAAUAAAAAAUUAAAAAAGCAGAAAGAUGACGACAUUCUCAAUGAUAGAAAACGAAAGAAGAAGGAGAAAAAGAAGAAGAGCAAAAAAUUGAAAAAGGAGAAGAAAAAAAGGAAAGAGAAAAAAAAGAGAAAGAAGAAGAAAAAGGUCUCGAGCAGUAGUUCGGACAGCAGCAGUUCAGAUUCGGAAGAAGAAUGGGUUGAAAAGAGCUCUGUUACUGUCAAACCAAAAACAAAGGACUCCAACUCAGAGGCAAGCGAAGAUGAGGGUAUCGUGGGUCCAGCUCAAAAGCAGCAUGUCACAUUGUCUGCCAAAGAUUUUGGAAAAGCUUUGUUACCUGGUGAAGGUGCAGCUAUGGCUGCUUACGUAGCUGAGGGUAAACGUAUCCCGAGGAGAGGUGAAAUAGGUCUGACCUCAGACGAAAUUGCAUCCUAUGAAUCAGUGGGUUAUGUAAUGAGCGGUAGCAGACAUCGUCGCAUGGAGGCCGUCCGUAUACGUAAGGAGAACCAGAUUUACUCGGCUGAUGAAAAGAGAGCUCUUGCUAUGUUUAGUAAGGAGGAAAGACAGAAGAGAGAAAAUUUAAUUCUUGGACAGUUCAGGGAGAUGAUCAAUCAUAAGCUGUCUCAAGAGCAAAACAAAUAAUGAACGAUUCAAAUAUUUGAAGGAAAUAGAAUUGCAGUGAUGAAGAUUUGUCAUAUUGACAGAGUGACUGUAGUCUCAUCAUAUAGGUGGUGUACAUAAAUCAAAUGAGACAACUG